AUGGCUGCUUCGAGGCUAUUCCGGCCAGCUAGCCGCCUGGUGUCCGCUUCGAGACCAGCGAUCGUGCCCCGACCAGUGUUUCGCGCAACUUCCGCCCUUCACCCAACUGCGAGGAGGAACUAUGCAUCCUCCGGAAACGUCAAGGAGAUGACGGUGCGAGAGGCCCUCAAUGAGGCUAUGGCCGAGGAAAUGGAACAGAACGAGAAGGUCUUCGUUCUGGGCGAGGAGGUUGCACAGUAUAACGGAGCAUACAAAGUCACAAAGGGUCUUCUUGAUCGUUUUGGCGAUAAGAGAGUCAUUGACAGCCCCAUCACUGAGUCGGGUUUCUGUGGCCUCACUGUCGGCGCUGCACUAGCUGGACUGGCCCCCAUCUGCGAAUUCAUGACUUUCAACUUUGCUAUGCAAGCAAUCGACCAGAUCAUCAACUCUGCCGCGAAGACCCACUACAUGUCCGGUGGUAUCCAACCCUGCAACAUAACCUUCCGUGGACCCAACGGUUUCGCAGCUGGUGUCGCGGCUCAGCACUCCCAGGACUACACUGCGUGGUAUGGCAGCAUUCCGGGCUUGAAGGUCGUAGCGCCGUACAGCUCCGAGGACGCCAAGGGUCUUUUGAAGGCCGCUAUUCGAGAUCCCAACCCUGUAGUCGUCUUGGAGAACGAGCUUCUCUACGGUCUCUCCUUCCCCAUGAGUGAAGCUGCUCAAAAGGAUGACUUUGUUAUUCCUUUUGGCAAGGCCAAGAUCGAGCGCCCUGGCAAGGACCUCACCAUCGUAACCCUCUCCCGCUGUGUCGGCCAAUCCCUCGUCGCUGCCGAGCAAUUGAAGAAGCGUUACGGAGUCGAAGCCGAAGUCAUCAAUCUCCGCUCAAUAAAACCGCUUGAUGUUGAGGCCAUUGUCAAGUCGGUCAAGAAGACGGGUCACAUGCUGGCCGUGGAGUCCGGUUUCCCCUCCUUCGGUGUUGGAUCUGAAAUCAUGGCCCUCACCUGCGAGUAUGCCUUCGACUACCUGGACGCUCCUCCUGCCCGUGUCACCGGUGCCGAGGUGCCCACCCCUUACGCCCAGAAGCUGGAAGAGAUGUCGUUCCCCACUGAGGAGCUGAUAGUCAACUAUGCCGCUAAGCUGCUGCGGGUGUAA